AUGACUCAGGAGACUGCCACCGCCUCUUUUACUUCUAUUUCUAGUAUCGAAGAGACUGAUGAAAUAAAAAAAUAUCGUUAUUUUUGGUGGAAAACUGGCAACAUGCAUCCGAAGGCCAGGUGGGAGGAAGCUAU